ACAGCUAGGCUUGCUCAGUGUGAGUGACAGAAGUGCAGGCUCCAUUCAGUGCUGAGUUGACUUACUCUCUGUUGGUUCACUUCCUCACCAUUUGCCAGCAUGCCGCAGAGAAAGAGGAGUUUCACUUUUGGAGCCUAUGGAGGAGCCGACAAGACCUUCUCCAGGGCCAGAAGCAUAUGGAAACAGGAUGGGGGUGAGCCCCGAGUCACGACCACACUAGAGCCUCCACUGUUCCAGCCUCCAGCCCCGCACACCGCGCCUCCGUUCCUCAAGACCACAGACCUAUUUGAAAUGAUUGAGAAGAUGCAGGGCAACAGGAUGGAUGAGCAGAGAUGUACCUUUCCUCCCCCACUGAAGACUGAGGAGGAUUACAUCCCCUACCCCAGUGUCCAUGAGGUGCUGGGCAGAAGGAGCCCCUUCCCUCUCAUCCUGCUUCCGCAGUUUGGGGGCUACUGGAUCGAGGGCACCAAUCAUGAGCUGAGGGACCCUGGUGACUAUGAGCAGAUCCAGCCCCUGUCCCCCACCACACGCACCAAGCUGGAGUGUAACACCACUGCCAAGAUCUACAGGAGACACUUCCUGGGCAAGGAACACUUUAAUUACUACUCAGUGGAUGGUGCACUGGGUCACCUGGUUUUCUCGCUGAAGUACGACGUCAUCGGUGACCAGGAACACCUGCGUCUCGUGCUCAGGACCAAAGUGAAAACCUACCAUGAUGUUAUACCCAUCUCCUGCCUGACUGAGUUCCCCAACGUAGUCCAGAUGGCUAAGCUUGUUUGUGAAGAGGUGAAUGUGGAUCGCUUCUACCCAGUCCUUUACCCAAAAGCUUCGAGACUCAUCGUCACGUUUGAUGAACACGUUAUAAGUAACAACCUCAAGUUUGGAGUCAUCUACCAGAAGUUUGGACAGACUUCAGAGGAAGAGCUGUUUGGGAACAGUGAGGAGAGUCCAGCUUUCACAGAGUUCCUGGAGUUCAUAGGGGAGAAGGUCGAGCUGCACGACUUUAAAGGGUUCAGAGGUGGGCUGGAUGUUACCCAUGGGCAGACGGGUACGGAGUCUGUUUACCACAACUACCGCAACAAGGAGGUCAUGUUCCAUGUCUCCACCAAGCUGCCUUUCACUGAGGGAGACACCCAACAGUUGCAGAGGAAGCGACACAUAGGGAACGACAUCGUGGCUAUACUGUUCCAGGAGGAGAGCACCCCUUUUGUUCCUGACAUGAUCGCUUCCAACUUCCUCCAUGCCUACGUGGUGGUGCAGGUGGUGAACCCCUGCUCUGAGAAUGUCCUCUACAAGGUGUCGGUGACUGCCCGGGAUGACGUUCCCUUCUUUGGACCAGCCCUCCCAGACCCAGCCAUUUUCAGAAAAGGUCCUGAAUUCCAUGAAUUCCUCUUCACCAAGCUCAUCAAUGCUGAGUAUGCCUGCUACAAAGCUGAGAAAUUUGCCAAAUUAGAGGAGCGGACACGGUCAGCCUUGCUGGAGACACUGUAUGAGGAGCUGCAUGUGAACAGUCAGGCCAUGAUGGGCCUGGGAGGAGAAGAGGACAAGAUGGAGAAUGGGAGUGGAGGAGGAGGGGGGUUCUUUGAGUCCUUCAAGCGGGUGAUCCGCAGCAGAAGCCAGUCUAUGGACGCCAUGGGCCUCAGUCUCAAGAAGACACACACUGUCUCCACUAGUCACAGCAGCAGCUUUACCCACAACCACGCAGACAGCCCCAAAUUCCCAGGGAUAUCAUUGCUUGUACCAGGCAAAAGUCCCAGUAAAUAUGGACGUCGGGGCAGUGCCAUAGGGAUAGGAACGAUAGAAGAGUCUCUCAUCAUUCCUGGUAAAAGUCCCACCAGGAAGAAGUCUGGUCCAUUCAGCUCCAGACGCAGCAGUGCCAUUGGCAUUGAGAACAUACAGGAGGUCCAGGAGAAAAGCAGUAGAGAGUUUUCUCUAUGUACACAGAAGACCCCAGACAGUGGUCAUGCCUCUCAGGACCCAAAAUCAGAAGACUCAUCUAAUCAGAGCUCACCUGAGGCACUCACGACAAAGAACAGUUCUUCUCUCUGUGGCAGGGCCCCAUCCAUCCCUGAGGGUCAUGACCUCUCCCGCUCCUCCUCCAACGCCAGCAGCUUUGCCAGCGUGGUGGAGGAGAACGAGACAGAGGCGACAGAGGAUUAUGACACUGGAAUGGAGAGUCUCUCGUCAGCAGGGACACCACACAAGCGGGACUCAUUCACUUACAGCACCUGGCUGGAGGACAGCAUGAGCAGCAUCAGCAACACCAGCCGAGGCAGCUCCCCAGGACCUGGAAAGCAUGAUGGAGGGAAAGGAACAGAGAUAAGGAUCAAGCUGGAGCGGCCACAGGACCAUGACUCCUCAUCGAAUUGUUAGCCCCACCUGGUUGUGUCCUGGAUGUUCAUCUACAGCAUUCCCAUAAAACACAACACCUCCGGGAGUUAAGACGAGCGAGAGCUUUCGCUGAGACCAAUGACGAGGAGGACGAGGAAGCGGAGUCUGGCCAGUCUGCUGGUCAGUGAAGCUGGAGCGCCCGUACCCAGAAGCCUUUGGGGCUGUACCUGGAGACCACACAAAGAGGGGCCAACUUUUGCACAGUGCUGUUUCUUUCAGUUCACUCGCCUCUUCACAUAUCUAAUGCCUGGUUUUAUCUGUUCUAUCCAACCUGUGUUUCCAAAGCACAGUUUUGUUCAUGAAGUGAAAUAACUAUGUUUGCCAACAAUGUUGCUUUUGGUUCAGUUAAGGCCUACUAUAGAUGUGCACAGAUCACACAGGUCAAAGACAGUGAACUAAAUCAGAGUUUGGUCUGUGUUAACAACUGGAUGUCAUGACACUGUGGCUGUGAGGCAAGGCCUGUAUUGCAGUUCAACACCAUUUUGCUCAAUUGACAUCUCUAAUGUCUAAAACCAAAUAUCCAACACCACCAUGUGAGAUUUUUUAUUAAAAGUCUAUUUUAAUUCUUAGUUGUUGAAUGCUGUUUAAAAUGUCAGUGAUUAGAUUUUCAGAGUUAAGUGAUUGUAAUUUGUCUAUUAGCAUUUGGUUCAUCAAAACAUUCUCAGCUAAGGACUGGAUCCUCUCUUCACAUAGAGUAGACCUGAGUCUUUGUUUUUAGUAAAUGCCAAACCUCAUACUUUAACUUAAGCGGGGAUACAUGAAUGAAUGCGAUGACAUAGCCUUAAAACUGGAAUAUUAAUUGUAUUAAACCAUUCUAAAUUGGUUGUAUCUUUACUUUUUACUUGCAUGGUCUUCUAGCAGUAAUGGGAUGGUGGUUUCUGAUUGAAUGGGAAUUGAUCCGCAUAGUUUUGAGGACUUGAUUCUUACUGAUAAUGUACAAUUUUAUUAUUAUGAGCCAUUCUCUGAAAUAGCGUUGCACUUUCCAACUAUUAGAUCGCUGUGAGCUAAAUGCAGGUAUAGCUUUGCACUUCUACUGUGUUCGGGUGUUUUGUACAUUUCAAGCAUGUUAUGUCGGGACACCACAUCAAUGCACAAUGGUUCUUUACACAUCCAAUUAACCAAUCAAAUUGAUCAAUAGUGACUGUGUCCCAGGUUGAAUCAGCUGUACACUGUUGUCAUUGUGUUGUAAUUUGUGUUUUUAUUUAUUUGGGGUGUGUUGUGGCUGUUAAACUCCACUUGUGAAUCUGAUUCAAAGUUGGCUUCUACAGUAUACAGUUGUCUUAUGAGAGAGAUGCCCAGAGUCAGUGAUACAGUAGGUACUCAUUACGUAUAAUAUCUGAAGUCUGUAGACCGUAGAAGGUCAGCAUACAACGUGUCAGAUUUGAAUUAAAUACAGAUAAUUACAAGAUACUUUAUAUGAAUAAACUGGACUGAAUUGAACUCUG